AUGGUGAGGAAACCUGGAAAAACUUUAGAUAAUGAGUUGACAAUAAUUGAAGAAGAUGUUGAUGUAUAUACCAUGAUAUGUGAUUAUGAAGGUUUAGAUGUGAUUGAAUUAUUUGUGGAGAAGGGUCAAGAACCAUUACAAGUGGUAAGUCCAAAAAGGAAACAUUUGGUAUCCCCAAGAGUACCAGUUACUACUAAGCAGGCACUAACUUGGCAUGAGAUGGAAAAUAUAAGUGAAGAAGAGAUGGGUUGUGGAGAUGGAGUGCAAGAUAUAGGUGAUGAGGAAAUGCAUAAUGGAGAUGGGGAUGAAGAAGCAGCAGAUGAAGAUGUCAGAGAUGAGGAAAGGGAUAAUAGAGCUUGGGAUGAAGAAGAUAGUGAUGAUUCUGAUUACAUUAAUAAUGAGAAUGAUGAUAAUGGUUCAGAAGAUGAAGACUAUGAAAGUGAUGAAUCUGGCUAG